UGAUGAGAGGCAAAAGAGUAGUAUUCGUUGGGGAUUCCAUUAACAGGAACCAGUGGGAAUCCAUGUUGUGCUUGUUGAUGGGAGCUGUCAAAGAUCAAAGCAAAGUUUAUGAGACCCAUGGUCGAAGAAUAACCAAAGAGAAUGGGAACUAUUGUUUCAAGUUUGUGGACUAUAAAUGCACCGUUGAAUUCUACGUGACACAUUUUUUGGUUCGGGAGAGUAGGGCGUGGAUUGGGAAGAAACAAGGACAGACUUUGCGUAUUGAUUCAAUUGACAAAGGUUCAUCUACAUGGAUGGGUGCUGAUAUUUUGGUCUUCAACACUGCUAGUUGGUGGACACAUUACAAAACUAAAGCAGGGAUGAAUUAUUAUCAGGAAGGGGAUCAAGUUCAUGAACACCUUGAUGUUUCAAUAGCUUACCGAAGAGCCCUAACGACCUGGGCAUCAUGGGUCGACACAUACAUCAACCCCGCAAAGACUCAAGUUUUCUUCAGAGCAUCUUCUCCUUCUCAUUUCAGUUGUAUAAUUGGAUAGUGGUGGUCGAUGGAAUAGUGGUGGACAUUGUGGAGACGCUUCACGUCCCCUUAACGAGAGCCAUAGCAGCAGCAGUUACCUCGAGAAGAACAGGAUUGUGGAAGAGGUCAUAACGGAGAUGAAAACUCCUGUCACCAUUCUAAACAUAACCGGUUUGUCCGGUUAUAGGAUAGACGGUCACCCAUCCAUUUAUGGAAGUAGAUAUUCUAACGGUGUACAAGAUUGCAGCCAUUGGUGUCUCCCAGGGGUUCCUGAUACUUGGAACCAAAUGUUGUAUUACCACAUACAACUUGCUCAUAAGAAGAGAUUGUAAACAUUGUACUUCAUUUGUGGAGGAUCAGUUGUGCUACUGUUAAUUUUCUUUUACUACUUUGUUCCUCAUUUGUUUGCUUCAG